AUGUUACUCCUAUCGGUCCUGAACUUUAAAAGAUUCCAGAACAGAGGGCCAAAUCCUCAACAGAACGUGCAGCACCAAACACAAGCCAUCCAUCAUUUGUAUCAGCGACAUCGCUGUGCGUUAGCCGACAUAACGCAGCUAGAGAGACAACUGGAGGCAGCCUCUCUAAAUGACACUGAUCUUCUUCCAUCGCCAAAGAAAAUCAAAACCGAAGAUGGUGCAAUUCCUGCACGAAGCUCGGUGAAAACGCUCGGUAGCACUUUGGCCUUCAUACCGGACGAGAUACCUAGGAAGAAGGCCCGAAGUUCAGGAGAUACUUCUCUCGAUAUCGAAAUGCUACUCCUACGUACCAGGCAGUUCUUAGCCAACAUAGAGAAUUUGUCCAGUCUACUCGGCAAAGCCACGCAUGUGGGUGUGUUAGAGCUUGCUGAGCGUAAAUUGCAGGAGCAGAGUCGGCAUAUGGUGAAUAUUCUGAUCAUCUAUCUUAACUCUCCCGAUCUUUCAUUUCAAGUGAAUAAUUUAUCGAAGAGCUCGGAUCCUCUCCGACAGAGAGGCAAUUAG